AUGUCUGUGGAUGAUGGCACCAAGUGGGAGCUUGUAGAGGUUGAAGAGGAGAGGACUGAGGAUAGAGACCUGAAAAGGGUCGGCUUGACAGUGGUGGAACAGACUGAGUCAAGUGAUGAUGGAGAAGUGGAGGAUGACCUGGAUUCUGAGGACCUAGAAGUCUUUUACCCGACAAAUGAGUGGCAGAUGGUUAACCCUGGGCAGGCCAUACCUGUAGGACUACACGUCCGGCUAAACUUGCAGACUGGAAUUAAUGAGGCCAAACUUCCAGACAGCGAGAGUGGGAAGGGCGGAAUGAAGUACUGGAAACAAGGAAAUAGACAGGGGAUGAUCAACACAGACUCCAAAUCCUUCACAGCAGAAGAGCUGAAAAAAGCCUUGAAGUUCAUGAAACAAGGGACUCCUGUGGAGAAUCUCGAGGAAGAGAAGGGCCGACAGGAAGAAUUACGCAAAAGGUUCCGUCCGAUCAAGGAGCUGAAGAAGGACUUCGAAGAGAUGAACUUAGUGAUGGAGACAGACAUGGAAAUAAUCACUAAACUGGUCAAUAAAUUCAACGCCUCGAGGGCCACUACAGAGGAGAAAAUAGCGGCUCUAACUGACCUGGAGUACUAUGUUCAUCAGUUGGACAAUGGUCAGUACCUGAUGACCACUGGCGGACUGCAGCUUGUGGUCAAUGCGCUGAACACCACUGAGCCCCUAGUCCAGGAAUAUGCAGCCUUCGUCCUCGGCUCUGCACUCUCAAGCAAUCCAAGAGUUCAGGUUGAAGCGAUGGAAGGUGGGGCUCUGCAGAAACUGCUAGUCCUCAUGGCUACUGAUCAGACAAUGCGUGUAAAGAAAAAGGCCCUAUUUGCACUUUCGUCAAUGUUGCGCCACUUUCCGUUUGCCCAGCAGCAUUUUCUGAGGCUGGGGGGCCUGCAGGUACUUCGGCAGCUCUUUCAGGUAAAGGAGAUGGAGCCCCUCUGUGUCCGAGCUGUGACCCUGCUCUACGAUAUGCUAAUGGAAAAGGAGCUUGUUGAACAUGCCCAAGACAGUAACUCACAGCACAAGGAGAAACAGCGACAGUAUGAUCACAUUGACCUACUGCCAGCCAUGUUGGAGCAAGAUUGGUGCAUUCUUGUUCCUACCCUCUUAACAUCCCCUGAACAUGACACAAGGGAAAAAGUCCUGAAAACCAUGAGCUUCAUGAUGUCCUCUUGCAGGAACCAUUACCAAGCGCUCCAAGGUUUGAACUCCUCGCUGAGCGAGCUGCAGGAAGAGUACCAGAGACUGGCUGCUGUAGAAAGGAGCGAGGCAGAUGAAGAUGGUUACUUUGUGGGGCUCUUGAACUCUAUUGACAGCAUCAUCCAGGAGCUGGGAUGACUAGUACAAACCAUCUACAAUUGAUUUCAAUUUGAACAACUUUUUAUUUUAAAAAUCCAUUUGAUUGAUUCAUUGAUGAGUCAGACUGGCUGGUCCACCAACAAUGCCUUGAAUUACUGCAGACUCUUCCGCAUGAGUCCUUGGAGCCAGUUCAGGCUCAAAACGAUCCAACUUUACCUCAUUCUUCGAAUGAAACACCUCCAAUUUCUAUUUUACUUUCUACACUCAGAAUGUUUUAACAUGUUCAUAUUAUAUUUGUUCCUAGCAACAGUGACUAGAUUGGAUUCUCCUGCUGCCUUCCCCAAGCUUGGUUUUCAGAUGUUUACCUUUGGUAUAUCUGCUGUUUAAUCCUCAAAAAUUUCCUUGGGAAGUCAUUCAAUUUGCUCUUUGAUGGGAUAACUUGCUUAAUGUACCAAACCUCCAAUCUUGGCUUUGUACUUCUUUCUAAUCCCAUUCAUGCUUGUGCCGGACAGUGAAGUGAAAUCCAACACUUGAUUGGCCAUUGCUUGAUUAUCGAUAGUAGAAUUGAACAGCACCAUAAUGUUCAGCUGGUACUUGAUGGAUUCCUGAAAACUGGUCUCCUGUUGGGAAUGUUGGAUUGAAGAGCUCUUUAGCACUUGUGAACUUUUAGGGCACAAGAACAGCUCCAUUUCCCCUCUUGCUCUCUUAAAUUAACAAUAUUUAUCAGAAUACCGAUUGUUUGACUAAAUAUCAGGGUUGUAAUGCAGGGAUAUGCAUCCCCAGACUAGAGGAAAUUUUGUUUAAAUACGGUUUUGUGAAGUUUAAUUUUUGAAGUUCUGUAUCCAAAACGGAAUAAAGGAAACAAAACACAAAA